CCAAGCAACCAAAACUCAAGACGAACCACACCAGAAGAAGAAGAAGAAAAGAAAACGAGUGAUGCAGAACAAGAAGAAGACAGCACCAUCCAAGCAACAGAAGAGAGUCUCAGCAAGAACAGCAGAGACCAGCACCCAACGAUCCAUCGACUCAUUCUUCAGUCCAACAACAACAGAGCCCAAAGCAAAAAAAAAAUCGACUACUAGAGACGAUCCUCAUGAAGAGAAGGAGAAGAAGAAGAAACCAACCAAGAAACGAGAUUCAACCGAGCAUCCAUCUGCAUCAAGCUCAGCAACGAAGAAGAGGAACAAGAACAACAAACAGCCAGUAUCAUCAUCAGAUCAUACGCGGCCUAUCCUCAUAGAAGACGAUCAGGAAGAAACCCCAUCACUAGAAGAGCCUCAGAAAGCUAAAGAGGGAGCCAAGCCAGACAUGGUCGAAAGUGGUAUGACUUGUCCAGUGUGCUCGAAGCUCUUGGAUUGCCAAGGAAACGUGUCUCUGGCAGAACGACAUAUCAAUCUCUGUCUCGAUCAACCCGGCCCAUCUGUUCCAAAACCUCCUCAAAGCCCUACUAGUAUCAUGCAAGAUCAGCUCGAUGUCCCAGACACGAUUGGUUUCGAAGAAGCAGAAGAAGACGAAGAAGAAGGGAGUGUCAAGUCUCUGUUAAGCGAGACAAGGAGCGACCAAGCACCAGGGCCCUCGUCGGCGAAGCCUCGGGCGACGAAAAGGAAGACGAGAGUGACGAAGCAGUCGGCCAGGAAAUCGACAGUUGAGAAAACGGAAGGAUACCGGAAGGGAGGAGCAGGGAAGAAGGCGGUCCCAUUUUACAAGCUGAUGCCGGGGACGACGAUAUCGGUGGACUGUUUCAGUCAUGGGCCCGUCCCCGGCGUCUCCGCCUACUUCCUCUCACAUGCACAUUCGGACCAUUACACUAAACUCAGCUCGAGCUGGAAACACGGCAAGAUCUAUUGCUCAAAGACGACCGCUAAUCUGGUCAAGCUCAAGCUCAGAGUCGACUCCCAUUGGAUCGUCCCGCUCGACUUCAAUACCCCUUACACUGUCGACGACGUCCGCGUCGUCUUGAUCGAUGCUAAUCAUUGUCCCGGCUCGGCUAUGUUCUUGUUCGAGGGGAUCACCAAGCCUGAUCGAAAGCCGUUCCGAUACUUGCAUUGCGGAGACUUCCGGGCCACGCCCGCUCAAUUGCGACACCCGGCAAUCCACGAGAAGGUGAUUGAUAUAUGCUAUUUGGACACGACGUAUCUGGAUCCCAAGUAUAGUUUCCCGGCACAAGACCAGGUGAUCCAAGGCUGUUGUAAAGCCAUCGGCGCAAGGGUCCUCGACGACGAUCACACUGCCACUAUGUCUUCCAAGGACAUCAAAACUCUGCAGGACAUCGGCCGAUCUAGGGCCGUCCUUAAGUCUUGGUUGCAGCCUCACUCUGCUUCCUCCUCCUCUACUACCCUGGGUCCCCUUCCCAAGAAAGAAGGUGUCCCCGAGCAGGUCGCCGGUGCUUCUGGUGAGGAGCCCAAGCAACCCAAACUUGCUAGCAUCUUUGAGCCCAAAGACCAAACAAGCACGAAUGAGAAGCGGAAGAGUUUGAUUCUGAUCGGCACCUACAGUAUUGGAAAAGAGCGGAUUGUGAUCGAGGUAGCCAAGAAGUUGGGGAGCAAGGUGUUUUGUGCGGAUGCUCGGAAGACGGGGAUCAUUGGGGCGAUCGACCGGGCGGACGAAGAGGCCGAGCUGCAGGGAUUGCUCUCCGCCGAUCCGCUCCGUGCUCAGAUCCAUCUCGUCAAUCUCUUCGCACUCAAUAAACCGGGCUUCUUGGAGGCCUAUUUGCACAAGUUUAGGCCCCGCUUUAAUCAUAUCAUUGGAAUCAAGCCCACGGGAUGGUGUUACAAACCCUCCACACCCUCCUCGAUCGCUCUCAACUCGAUCGACUUCAGCGCGUUCAUCGAGACGUUCCAAAAACAACAACAACAACCCCUACAAGAUGAUGAUGAGGUGGUGGUAGAAGGCGAAAGACGGGGGAAUAAUAGUCGUCGUAACAAUCCGGUCGGUCAGCUCAUCUUUCCGGAAAAAGUCAAGCCUGAGCUCGCCGGUCUCGUCGAGGUUUAUGGGGUGCCUUAUUCUGAACACUCCUCGUUUUUUGAGUUGAGUUGUUUUUGCAUCUCGUUUGAUUGGGUGCGGAUGAUCCCGACUGUGAAUUGCGGAAGUCCGGGCUCGCGGGCGAAGAUGAAGGGCUGGAUCGAUCGCUGGAAAAUCGAGCGCGCCCGGCGCCUCCUCCUCCUCAACAACUCUUCGUCCGCUCUCCAGAAGACUCGUCAGUCUCCCGAAACCCUUCCUCCGCCCCCCCACUCUUCUAAACUGCCGUCACCUUCUACGACUUCCUCUGAACUUGUUCUUCAUGCUUCUGCUCCGUUACUUAUCAAACCUAGAGACCAGCAUUAUUGGUAA